UUGAUUGCAAAUGUAUCGUUUUAGUAUUUUCAGUAGAGCUACUUUCCAAUUUUUUCAGUGUACCAACAUCUGGAACCAGGAGGCGAAAUAAUCACAGUUACAUCCGUAUUACUAAAGCUGGUUGGCUGAUAACACAUAGAGUUCAUUGGAAGUCACUUUGGAGAAAAGCAUCUGCUAAAUGAAUAAAUGUAAAUGUAAAUUCCACUGUAACCUCAGUGACCUCAACACCCUCUGGUACCUGUCUCAUAACAGUUUCUCUUCAUCAUAUUAAGAGUCCUCAAGUAAAACCAUUCAUUUCAUCUAUCAUAUUUCUCUCAGCCGUUUUAUUUUUUAAAUUUAUUGCUAAUUUCUUACCACUUUAUCUGCGGUCAGCUUUUAUCUCAUUUGUACGCGUAGUGAUCGAUCUCUAGACUAGAUCCACCAGAAAAACACUCUCUCUGCACGAAAUUAGUGUGAAAUUGUCUGAGUGAAAAUAACGUACGUGCUUUUAUCGUGAAAAAAUGGGCUUCCGAACACAAUGAAAUGUGUUCUUUAUUCCACAGGCUGUUCUCCUACACACCCUUUGAUUGCCCUGCUGUGUUCACUUUUUAUAUUUCCUGGCUUCUUCAGUUCACUCCGUCGAGUUCUGGAUUUAAUCGUUGUUGUACAUCCUGCAUGAUACCCUGCCUGCCCGUACGUCCCCGAGGCCACCCAGGACCAGGUGACAAACCACCGUGUCCGACAGCCACCGCGACCGUGGCAGCGAUGUCCCCCGUCGGCUCCCAGACUCCUCUGUCGCUGUGUGCGGACCUGCCCGUCUUUAUACUGUGGAUCCACUACUUGGCACUGACGGCUACCACAGGGGAGGCCAUGGUGGCCAGCAAGGCAGCGGCAAAGGGAUGCCCACUUGGCCAGUUUCCCUGUGGGAACCUGACUGUCUGUUUGCCUCAGCUGCUCCACUGCAACGGCCAGACAGACUGCCAGAAUGGAGCUGAUGAAGAGAACUGUGGGGACAACAGUGGGUGGGCAGACUUCUUUGACCGAACAGUUAAGAGGGUGGACCUCCAGGAAGCCACCGAAGAUUGCUUCCUGCAGCAAUACCCAGAGUACUGCCAGUGCAUUCACACGGAGCUGCGUUGCAUGCACAUGAACCUGGAGCAGGUGCCACUCAUCUCAGCCAAUGUCACCUUACUGUCCCUCAAGAGCAAUGAAAUUCGAGACCUGCCUGAGGACGCCUUUUCCAGGUACUCGGAGCUGCAGAGACUGUUCCUCCAAAACAAUGGCAUACAGACUGUGUCCAACCGAGCAUUCAGUGGGCUGCAUGAGCUCCGUAAACUAUCACUCAGUCAGAACAGCAUCACUUCGCUGAGGCCUGGGGUGUUCGGUGACCUUCGCAAGCUGCACUGGCUGAUCCUCGAUGACAAUCCCCUCAAAAGGAUCUCGCAGGACACCUUCACUGGGCUCAGGUCCCUAUUUACCUGUAAGUGGCUGUCCAUGGUAAACACCUCCUUGGAGCAGCUUCCCCAGACCACGUUCUGCUACCACAUGCCCACUCUCACCUGGCUGGACUUUGAAGGGAACCACAUUGAGACUGUGAACUUCUCCAUGCUGCUGUCAUGUGAUGAACUCACUGUGCUGUCACUGCGUGACAAUAGGAUCAACCUGCUAUAUGAAAACACGUUCCAGCAUCUGCAGGAACUGGGUGAUCUUGACUUGUCAAGCAACCAGAUUACUGACCUUCCUCCUGGUAUCUUCAGGGGAUUGAAGUCUCUUCAGACACUCAACAUAUCCCACAAUCCAUUGCUCCACAUUUAUCAUGGACAGUUUGAUCCCCUUACCCAGCUUCGGUCCCUAAGCCUAGAAGGCAUUGACAUCCCAGACAUUGAAACACGGAUGUUUCAGUCUUUGGAAAACCUCUCAUACAUAUACUUGAAGAAAUUCCAGUACUGUUCCUUUGUGCCACAUGUCCGAAGAUGCAAGCCCAACUCUGAUGGAAUAUCUUCCUUCGAAGACCUGCUGGCUAAUAUGAUCCUCCGGGUAUCAGUGUGGGUCAUGGCCUUCAUUACGUGUUUUGGGAACCUCUUUGUCAUUGGCAUGCGCUCCGUCAUCCGGGCCGAGAACAACCUUCAUGCCAUGUGCAUCAAGGUUCUAUGCUGUGCGGACUGCCUGAUGGGGAUCUAUCUGUUCUUCGUGGGGGUGUUUGAUGUCAAGUUCCGAGGCCAGUACAAUCGUCAUGCCCAUGUGUGGAUGGAGAGCCCUAUCUGCCACACCAUGGGAUUCAUGGCUAUGCUGUCUUCUGAGGUGUCCGUGCUUCUGCUCACCUAUCUCACCUUGGAGAAGUUUCUGGCCAUUGUCUUCCCCUUCAGCCCUCUGCGCCCAGGCAGGAGACUGACAGCUGCCAUGCUGGCCUCCAUCUGGGUACUGGGUGCAGUCAUAGCUAUCAUACCAUUGCUCAAUGAGGGCCUGUUUGGCAACUACUAUGGGCGCAAUGGUGUUUGCUUCCCACUACACUCCGACCAGCUGGAGUGGCCUGCUGCCAGGGGCUAUUCCAUAGGGAUCUUCCUGGGUCUCAACUUGGUGGCCUUUCUUGUCAUCGUUGUCUCCUAUUCCAGCAUGUUCUACUCCAUCUACAACACAGGCAUCAAUGCCGCUGACCUGCGCAGCCGGCUGCACUGCGACAUUGCUGUGGCCAAUCGCUUCUUCUUCAUUGUGUUUUCUGGUGCCCUUUGCUGGAUCCCCAUCUUUUUGGUCAAGAUCCUGUCCCUGCUAGAGGUUGAGAUCCCUGGAACCAUCACGUCCUGGGUGGUGAUCUUUAUCCUUCCCAUCAACAGUGCUCUGAACCCCAUCCUCUACACGUUGACCACCAGCUUCUUCCGAGAGCAGGUGGAGAUGCUGCUGUGCCACUGGCAACGGCGCCGAGCCCUCAGGAGGGAGCGCAAGAGCCCCCCCAGCUCCGGCACUUCUGCGGCUUACAUGGAGGCCUCGCGGCGGGACUUCUUAUACCCCCAGGCCUGCUUGCCAAGGACUUUCUUCGUUGACAUGGAGGCCAAAUAUGGAUGAGUGGAUGCUGGGUGGGGUAAGGAAGAGAGGAGGACAUGCUUUUCCAUCCUUUCCCCAUCUAGUCAGAGCAAGAGUUUCUGUUAUAGAGUAUUAAUCCUUUGCCAGGAACACCUAAGGUGUUUUUGGACUCUGAAAGUGCACUGUCACCACAUCAGCUGACCCGCCUGGAGCUCUUUGCCGUCCUUCUCCAUGAGAUACCCAUGUCUUCACGCGGAGGAACUGUACUGCACACUGUGUAUGUAGCACAGUGUAUCAGUGUUGCUGAUACCUGGAGAGCUAUUUCGGAGAAACUAGUCUUUUUCUGUUUGUGCACUUUUUUGCUUGGUAAACAGCUCAAUUAGAUGUGGUGUUACUGUGUUUUUGGUAUUUGACCCAGGAAGAGUAACUGUGGUGCCUAAGAAACUUUCAGUCUGGUUUAUUCUUGAUCAAGAGAAAACUGCUAACACUAUAACCUUUGUUGAACAGGUGCAGGCUUCAUUGCACCAGUGUCACAAACCAGAUUUUACUAAUCUUGCUUACAUGUACAUUAUUUAAAUAUGGUAUUAUUUAUGAACUAAUAUGUUUAUUUAAGUGUGCAAGUAUGUCUGUGUGCACGAGUAUGAGAGUUUGUAUGCAAUAUGAAAAAAUUCCACACAACCCAGGCUCUGUCCUUUAGAAAUAAAUUAACAAAGCAUGCAGAAAAACAUUCCUUUUAAGUUAACAACUGGACCAAAUCAACAACUUCCAACACCCCUCCUCCUACAAGUUCUCAGUACUACAUUUCAGUUCUAAGGUAAAAAUAAGCCAAAAGGACCUAAUAUUGAAAGUAUAUUUAAAACUUUAAAUAUUACAUGACCGGGGGUGC